GAUGGCGGCGAGUCUAGGGUCCUCUGGGUGGUGGCAGCGGUGGCGGCGGCGUUUGUCAGCCCGAGAUGGGUCCAGAAUGUUGCUCCUCCUCCUUUUGUUGGGGUCUGGGCAGGGGCCACGGCAAGUCGGGGCGGGUCAAACGUUCGAGUACUUGAAACGGGAGCACUCGCUGUCGAAGCCCUACCAGGGUGUGGGCACAAGCAGUUCCUCCCUGUGGAAUCUGAUGGGCAAUGCCAUGGUGAUGACCCAGUAUAUCCGCCUUACCCCAGAUAUGCAGAGUAAACAGGGUGCCCUGUGGAACCGGGUGCCGUGUUUCCUGAGAGACUGGGAGUUGCAGGUGCACUUCAAGAUCCAUGGACAAGGGAAGAAGAAUCUGCAUGGGGAUGGCUUGGCAAUCUGGUACACAAAAGAUCGGAUGCAGCCAGGGCCUGUGUUUGGAAACAUGGACAAAUUUGUGGGGCUGGGAGUAUUUGUAGACACCUAUCCCAAUGAGGAGAAGCAGCAAGAGGCCCAGAAGAGGCGGUAUUCUCCAGGAGUCCAGCGGGUGUUCCCCUACAUCUCAGCCAUGGUGAACAAUGGCUCCCUCAGCUAUGAUCAUGAGCGGGAUGGACGGCCCACAGAGCUGGGGGGCUGUACAGCCAUUGUCCGCAAUCUCCAUUAUGACACCUUCCUUGUGAUUCGCUAUGUCAAGAGGCAUUUGACGAUAAUGAUGGACAUCGAUGGCAAGCAUGAGUGGAGGGAUUGCAUUGAGGUGCCUGGGGUUCGUCUGCCCCGGGGCUACUACUUUGGCACCUCCUCCAUCACUGGGGAUCUCUCAGAUAAUCAUGAUGUCAUUUCCCUGAAGUUGUUUGAGCUGACAGUAGAGAGAACCCCAGAAGAGGAGAGGCUGCAUCGAGAUGUGUUUUUGCCCUCAGUGGACAACAUGAAGCUGCCUGAGAUGACAGCCCCACUGCCGCCCCUAAGUGGCCUCGCCCUCUUCCUCAUCGUCUUUUUCUCUCUGGUGUUUUCCGUAUUUGCCAUUGUCAUUGGUAUCAUACUCUACAACAAAUGGCAGGAACAGAGCCGAAAGCGUUUCUACUGAUCCCUCCUACUACCACCUCCUCUGUGGCAGUCCCCCAUGAGGUGUGGGAGGAGCAGGUGCUGGCCUGAACACAUAGCCCAGCGGGUCUUCUCCAGUCUCCAACAGCUGGUCAGGGACUCUGUUCUGUCACUGGAGCUUUGAAUGCAGGGACACUGCUUCCCAUGGUCAAGCAUGGGGACAUCUAACUCUGGUUCAGGAAGCCCACCCACCCCAGGGCAAUGCUGCUGUGAUGUGCCUUUCCCUGCAGUCCUUCCACUUGGGAGCUACGAGGGAUGGAGAGAAUAUAUGCUGUUAUGAUGUCAGAAUCACAGAAGAAUAUUUCAUAGCCCAGGCUGCCUUGUUGUUGGACUCAGAGGACCCUUGUACUUCAUUUUUAAAUCUGCGAAGAAUAGAAAACUGAUAAGUCCUCCUACCUUCUGGCCGUCCAUUCACUGGUUUUUGCUUUUUGUCUAAGCCUCUGUUCACCUGAGGAGCUUUCCUUGGAAAUCUGGAUGGAAACUUUUUCCCUACCUUGCCUUCCUCUCCUUCCAUUCAUUGUCCUCUCUAAAUGCAACCUGAGCUGGAAAAGACAUUCGGAUGCCUCUCUGUUGGGGUCUGGGGCUGCAGAACAAACUUAGGUUUCACUAACCCUCAUUAGGUGGCCAUAGGGAGAGGGUUUCUGCUUUGGGUCGCUGCUCUAGCCUUGGUUCUUCAGCAUGGAUCUUGGUUUUAUUGGUGUGUUCAUGACCUUCCCAGUUAGGUCUCUUUAGUCCUCGGUCAAGUUUGCUUGAAAGUUGGUGUGCAAGUCAAGAGAAGCUUGGAAGACUUCAUGGAUGCAAUGGGAUUAACUGUGAGACUGACCAACUCCACAUUUUGACCUUGAAAGCAACAUUUGCCAUGUGAUCUGUCCACGGGGAGAUGUUUCUGGACUCUCUGGAGCCUGCUUAGCUGCAUGUUUUGUGUUUAUCAUGAUUUUUGGAAUUCCACUUUGAAUGUUCAAAAUGUAAAGAAGCUUUCUUCUCAUAGCCUCAGCUUGGAUACUCCCCAAAGAAGAAAUUUGGCUUCUUUUUCUUAAUGGAUAACAAACAGUUGCUGUUCUCGUGUUCCAAAUCUGGGAGCAAUAGACCCUUGUCUUCUGUGCCUGGAAGAGUUCGUUGUCAUUGAGCGACAGAGCCUGAGUGUCAUCCUCUGUGGGUCAACGCUUAUUCCACUGCCUUAUCUGACAAGGGGCCAUGUGCUGCUCACCUGUCUGGCCAGUGAUUAAAUUGGCUGACAGGCCAGAGCCUCCUUGGAGGGCCUGGAACUCGGAGCUUUCCCAGCCCUGUACUUCUGUAUUCUUAAAGUGGCGGAAACCAAACAUGAA